AUGACUUCGAAAGCCCGUGCAGACAUACAUAAAUACCUCCCAGCUCUGAGAAAAUUGGACUCCACGUUAAUUGAGACACUUGACUCUAUGGUAAACACAGAGUUUUGGUAUUCAGAAGUGGGUCUUAAGUCAAAGAGAAAGAACGAAAACACAAGAGAGUGCAAAAGAUGGUGGCUUCCAUCUCCUAAGGUUCCCAAAGAGGGCUUAUCUAGUUCAGUAAGAAAUAACUUGUUUGAGAAAGGCAAUGUUGUUUAUCAAAUCUUCAAAGCUACGAAAUCGAUGAACGAGACCGUGCUUCUUGAUAUGCCAAUACCUACUAUUAUCAAGGAUUCAUUACCAAAAAUGUUGUCUUCAGAGUCUGCUUCUAUAGAUGAAAUCUUUGCGUCUCUUAGGCUUGUAACCGAACAUGCUGCUCUCGAGACAGUUAAUAGGUUAGAAGCAGCUAUCUAUGCAUGGAAAGAGAAGACUACAGAACAAGGAAGCAGUGAGCAGAGAGGCUUAAUUAAUGAUCAGAUUAAAUCCAAAUACCCUAAUCUUCCUCAGUCAUUUCUUGAUGCCACAAAGAUUCAAUAUGGCAAGGAUAUUGGCCAUGCAAUUCCUGAGGCGUAUUCCCGGAUUCUUGCGAGUUUGGCGUUUCGCAUUUUGUCCAGGAUCGAAGAAAUCUUGCAAGAAGAUUCUCUAAGCAACAACCCUAGUUCUCCUACAACACCAAGCUGCUCCCUUGGCUCCAAGAACCUCUUUAGAACCACAGAGAGGCUCCUGAUCUCGUCCCGCUUAAGGCAUUCCCUUAUUCACGACAUGAACAAAGCCAAUGAUGGUACAACAGAUCCUAAAGACAGCAGUUACUCUUUGAUGUAA